UAGGAUGAAGCCAAAUGAAAGGAAAGAGACUUUGCUGGCCGUCAAGGAAAACAUUGAGAUGGAAUCACUCUCUUUCCACAAAACCUGUGAAGUGCUUCCAACACAAGAGCUGGAGGAAGACCAUUGUGCUUACCAGAACUUGGAGCAUCCUCUGGUCUUCAUUUGUGAGGAAGAGACAACACUGGAGGUUGAAGCCCAGCAAGAUGGAGUGCAGAAGUCCAAACCUCUACCCAACACUGUGACCCCAGCCAAGGAAAGUGCAAUUUGUGGAAGCUGCCCCCCUCCCCUUGUCUUCAUGGAGGACAUCGAGAUAGAAAUGGAGGUGCUUCCUCACCUCACAAAGUCCAAGGCUCAACUUGUGGGGCUCAUCACCCCGACAUUUGGCUGCAAAGCGAGCCGAAUGAAAUGGAAGCCGCUGACUCCUCAUCAGAGCGGCCUGGUGGUCAAAGAUGUUUUCUGCUUGCCCAGAGGCUUCUACAUUGAAGGAGAAAUCGGCAGGAACACAGCACCACAAGCCAAAGCGCAAGCUGCACUUUCAGCCAUGGGACUGACUGCCCGGAUCACCAUUGAUCGCGCGUGGUCAGCCAAACAGAUGGCGAGUCGGUUGGCAGCGCUUUUCCGAGGCAGAGUUGUGAAAGAGGCCGGACAAUGCUUUUCCUUCUCGUAUUUAAAGUGCAUGCAGCAGGUUCUCUUUACCCCGGUCACACCUGUGGAAGGCUGGACUGGAGCGCAGGUCCUCAGGAUCUCAGGACCGGGGGCGCUUUAUAUCCUUAGCCAUCAUGACCACCUGCAGGCUGCCACUGCUCCCGGCUGCGUGGAUGUGGCUUGCAGACCUGAAACGCCAUAAUUGGUGGCCCAAUUACUGGCCGCAUCUCGCCAAGCAUACGAAUGAUGCUUAUUUGCUGCACUUCAGACAACUGUGCCACCUUUUGCAAGUGCUGGGAGAUGGAUAACAGAAAAAAAAAAGAAGCAUUUUUUUGUAUCAAUUUUUCAUGCAAUGAUGCCCACCUGAAGGCAAGUGAAAGGUGUUUGCAGACAAGUGUGUAUAUCAGCAUGAUUGAUCACAUAAAAAAUGAAAUUCACCAGAAUUUUAAGUUUUAGUAUGAAUUACCAAUGUUUGUUUUUUAGUGUUUUUAAUUGUUCUUAAAAAUUAAACUUUUGAG